CACGCCCCUUUCGAACCUUACAUUUACUGUGUAGCAAAAGAGAAAGUAAGUAUGUUGCAGUUGGAGAUCAAUGAAGCCAAGUGAAUGGGGGCUUAAUGCGUAAAUCGAUAGCCGCAGGCGAGCGCCGGAUGCUGGAGGGAAAUACUCGUUUAUGAAAGAGAGCUUGAGUUCCUUUUGGCUUGCCAUUCUCAGCCUCCUCAUGCCUCCAUCUCCACUAGACGACAGGGUAGUAGUGGCACUCUCAAGGCCUGUCCGACCUCAGGAUCUCAACCUUUGCUUGGACUCCAGCUACCUUGAAUCUGCCUCUUCUGCCAGCGAGAGCCACGUGGGUCUUCUUAGCUCAGCUGUUGUGUCCCUCAAGGCUGCCCAUCUCACGUAUAUGCCCUCAUCCAACGGCUCUGCCCGCUCCUUGAGUUGUGGAUGCAGCAGCGCCAGUUGCUGCACUGUGGCAACGUACGACAAGGACAAUCAGGCUCCAGCGCAAGCAAGCACCAGCAGCACCCCUGCCCACCUAGGCACCUCGGCCACCUGCCCUGCGAACCAGAUGGUCAACAACAAUGAGAACUCCGGCCCGCUGAGUCCGUCGAGUGGAGUGGGCAGCCCGGUCUCGAGCGCGACAAAGCAGCUGGCGAGCAUAAAAAUAAUCUAUCCCAAUGACCUGGCUAAGAAGAUGACCAAAUGCACCAAGGCCCACCAAGGGCCUGUCAUCAUUGACUGUCGGCCGUUCAUGGAGUACAACAAAAGCCACAUUCAGGGUGCAGUGCACAUCAACUGCUCUGAUAAGAUUAGCAGGAGACGGCUUCAGCAGGGCAAGAUCACAGUCUUGGACUUGAUCUCUUGCCGGGAAGGCAAGGACUCUUUCAAGAGGAUCUUUUCCAAAGAAAUUGUUGUUUAUGAUGAGAAUACCAAUGAGCCAAGCAGAGUAAUACCUUCACAGCCAUUGCACAUAGUGCUGGAGUCUCUCAAGCGAGAAGGCAAGGAACCGCUGGUUCUCAAAGGUGGACUCAGCAGCUUCAAGCAGAACCACGAAAACCUCUGUGAUAACUCCCUCCAGCUGCAAGAGUGCCCCGAAGGUGGGGGCGGAGGGGGCGGCGCCGGUGCAGUGACCUGCACACUACCUCAGUCCAUCCCGACCACUCCAGACAUUGAGAAUGCUGAGCUCACCCCCAUCCUGCCCUUCCUGUUCCUCGGCAACGAGCACGAUGCUCAGGACUUGGAGAAGAUGCAGAGGCUGAACAUCGGCUAUGUCAUCAACGUCACCACCCACCUCCCCCUCUAUCAUUACGAGAAAGGCUUAUUCAGCUACAAGCGGCUCCCUGCCACGGACAGCAACAAGCAGAAUCUCAGGCAGUACUUCGAAGAGGCAUUUGAGUUCAUUGAGGAAGCUCACCAGUGUGGGAAAGGCCUCCUUAUCCACUGCCAGGCUGGGGUCUCCCGCUCAGCCACCAUCGUCAUUGCUUACCUUAUGAAGCACACACGGAUGACCAUGACUGAUGCCUACAAGUUUGUCAAAGGCAAGCGACCAAUCAUUUCUCCUAACCUGAAUUUUAUGGGGCAAUUAUUGGAGUUCGAAGAAGAUCUCAACAAUGGAGUCACACCACGAAUUCUUACGCCAAAGCUAAUUGGGGUGGAAACUGUUGUGUGAUGGCCAAGAAGCAUCUGGCAGACUGUUGUGUUCUUCACUUGAUGUGGACUUGGGAGGCUUGGGUUGUUGUUGUUGGUUUUUUGGGGGGUUUUUUUUAGCUUUAUUGGGGAGAGAGAAUUAUAAGAUGAACAUUCGACAGAAAAUGUUUUGAACAAAACAUUACAAAAAUACAAAGACUUCACCAAUGUUAUGGGGAAUGCUGUUGCAAGUCCAUUCUCAAAAUGAACCAGGGUGAAGGAGAGAUGCAUAAAGAGAAACCAGUUUUUAAAAAUCUACAUGCGUGUGAGAGAAACUGGACACUAUAUAUUUUUUUUCCUUUUUGGUGAUUCAGCUACUUGUAGAGAUUAUGACUAAGUAGUCUGUGCGGGUUCAUAGACCGAAAACAGCUAUGUUUUAAAAAUAAAACACAACCAGCCAAAAUAAAAGCAAAAAGACAACGAAGUCCAUGGGCCUUGAGUUUGCAAAGGCUUUGCUAAAGAAAACCUAAGCAAAAUGCUUGCUGGUGCAAAGAAGAUCAGAGCAGCUUAAUCGAUCUGCAAAUCACUUCUCACCCUCUUGACUAAAGAAAGUCUUUUUAUUUGCCAUGUUUCAUCUUCUGGUACUAUUUUUCUAUUUGGGAGUGGAGUGGGUGGGGGUGGGAUAGGAUGUUUUAACACCAAGGACUUGACCAUUUUAUGCCAUAUGCCUUUACUGGCUUCUUGUGCAAUAAUAGUUUUUGGGAACGGAAAGAGUUCUUUAUUUUGAGUGUUCAAACCAGUAACAGCUGGCUGCCCAAUAAUAAUAAUAUUUUUUAAAAAAUAGUGUGAAGGUGGCUGGCUUGAUUUAGAAGAAGGAAUACCACAAAAGCAAUUAUUUUUUUCCCUUUUCUGAUACUGGUUAUAGUGCCAUAAACCUUGUUACAUAUGUAUAUCAGAAUGUACAAAGAUCAAGAACAAGCAAAGUUUAUUUAAAAUAUUUUUUCGCACAAAAUACUGGUGUGUUUCUGUUCAUGUAAAAAAAAAGUUGAUUAUAAAAUGAAAACUGUUUUAGAAAUUGAGUGUGUGUGCGUGUGUGUCCUUUUCUUAUUUCUUUAGGGAAUACUUCAAACUAGUCAAGCUUUCCAUCUGCCCAAUGGUUUGGGAGCUUGAUAUGACUCACAGGUGGGUAAUUACCCAUGCAAGUGUUCCAUGUGGCUCUUAUCUAAUUUAGAUGCAUUUACAGUAGCACAGUUUAGACACAGGGAAUCCUGGUCUUAUGAAGCCUCCCCCAACCUAAUGCCUUCCAUCUGCAUUGGACUACAACUCCCAUCAUCCCCAGCCAGCGUUGUACAACUUAUUUGAAAUGCAUCGGGUUGGGGAAGGCUGAAUUAAGCCAUGGUUUAUCAUUCUAAGAUCAAACAUCGUGUCCACAUAUUCCAUCCAUCCUUUUUCUUCCACAUCUUAAAUACUUCUGGGGUUUCUUAAAUAACAGUUUCCUAGUUCAGAGGCAGCAGGAAACAAUGGUUUGUGGAAGUACGGAGUUAAAGCAUGGGUUAGAAAAGGAGUCGGAAUGGCUCAGGAACAAUAUUUACCAUGGUCAAGAUGAUUAUAUAUGAACCAGGUCUCCGCACUGAGCAGCUAGUUAGUAUGUGCACAGUGAAUGCCCACCUGGGCCAGAAUAGCACUGGCAUUCUGGCCUGGCAUAUGGACAGCCAGGUGCCCAUAAGAGCAUGUCAAAAAGAGGGCACUACAUGGCAUAGUUAAUGGCUUCCAUCAGAUCUAGGUUAGGGCUUAGUAUUCUCUAAUCUUCGCUCUUCCUUUUCUUCCAUUGUUGGACGAUGACUGAACUUGUUCCCCUUCUCCUUUUCCAUCUAAUCUUCAUUGCACAAGCUAUUAAUAUAAACAAUUUUAGGAAGCUGAAUCUUUAUGGUGUGGCAAUACAGAGCAAAAAGUAAUAAGGUGGGUGGGAAAAUUAUUGGUUAUGAUAGGGCAUAUUGACAUAUAUAUUCACACCAUCAGCAUCUCUAACACCUGCAUGCACUGGUGUGGACUGGACACCUUACUAGUCCACAAGGGGGAAUUGCAAUAUGAGUGAUGUUGUUCAUAUGCUGUAUGUUGCAAAAAUAUCACAGCACCUUUCUGGUGUAUGGAAUCCUGCAUUUCCAGUUGGUGCUUGAGUAGUGAGCUAGUAGCAUAAAAGGGGCUAUGCCAGAGUGGGCCUCUGGCCAGUGGAGAUAUUCCAUUUCUUCUGGGAAGACUGCAUAACCACUGCGCAGGCUUGCCUUUAGCCAGCCACCUGCUAACCAGUCACCAUAGCACAGUAUUUGGACCAUAUUAUGAGCAUUAAGCUUUGCAAGAAACCUAACAGAGGAAGCAGUGAGACAAAGAUACAGUGCAGGUAUCUCUUGUGUGCAUAUAUGACAUGAUAACUCAUUCCCUAGAAAACACAUUGCAAACCCUCAUUUCUCAAUUUUCUGCUAAUAGGCUAUUGGCGGCCAAUUGCACACCCAAUUCAGAAUAAUUCUUGUUUUUGUAUCUCCAUUAGGAGUGGCAUGUUGAACUCCUGCUCCUUCACGUGUUAACAGCAUCAGUCUUUGUUUUAGAUUUGCUUCCCAAUUUAUUUCUUCUGUUAUUUGGGCGUGUCAGCCAGCAAACUCCAUUUCCCACUGAUGUUUCAUUCAGGCAUGCUAACAUUUCUCAACAGUUACCUUUAGAGGGCUCCCAUUUUUUAGAAUAAACUUGCCACUUGCUAGUCCAAAGCUUCAGCACAGUACAUUGUGAAGUUCUCUUCCACAAGAACCAUCAAAGCGACUGCUGUUAAGUAGUUUCCACUCAUUUUAAUGUGGUAUGUAGGAUAACCCCAUAGCGUAUUGUGCCUUUGAUUAGUAUGAAUUUGGAAUGAUGGGGGCGGAAAACCAUUUCAUUUUUGCGGAUGCAGUUCCAGGAAGCUGUGGUGAGUUCUUUUCUUUCAGAUCCAAAUCUAUAUAGACUCAACAUAAUAAAGUAAGGUACGUCAAAAGAAAUAAUGUAUUUUAACCUCAGAUAUGUAUACGUGCACAUUUGCCAAACACUGUUGUUACUAUAGAUAUUUUCUUGAAUUUUUAUGCCUUUUAUUAAACUAUUUUUAUACAAGAA